UUUUAUAGGCCGGAUGUCGCAUGCCUGCGGAUUUUUACGUCCUUGCGCAUCCGUUCAUCACGGCCUUGACGUUUCCCCACUUUGAGGUGCCAUCGGGACACAACCCUGCGCCUGCGUGGCUGCAGUUGCCACCAUGGUGCCUCGCUCGGUACCGCUAGAUGGCGCUGCAGUACCUUUAUAAAUUCUUGGCGCCUUCCGUAGCGCUGCCACCUUUUAUUCUUCGUGACCAGCCCGAUGCAACACCACCGCAAAUAUCCAAGUGGGCGGACGCUCGUGCCCCGAAGUGAUGUUUGCGCGCAUCAAACGGCUGGUGUUGUUGGAGUCCUCUGCUUCGAGUCCGGCGUUGCCUCGGAUGACUACUACCGCGGCGCCCAACGUAGGCCACACCCACUCUUGAUCUUCAGGACAGGCGUCACACUCGGAUAUCCUUUGCGUGGAAUACCCCCAGCAAGUUCCCUUGCAAAUCUUCCAGCUCGUAUGCGUUGGUGCCGAUGGAUUUCCUUACGCGAGCUUUUAGAAAUUUCCGCGCGAAUUUCGCAUUGAACGCGCGGCUGAAAUCACUCAAUGCAAAGUUUCGCCGGUAUACCUCCUGGCCGGGCGCUAGUCUUAGCCGCCGCGCACGCCGGUUAUAGCGAACGCUACUACGCUCAUACGCCGC